AUGCGAUCAACUGUCAUAUUUGUAGAAAAAUCAGCUCCAGCAACCAUCACUGAACUCCAUGAUAUACUGUCGAAUGAUUUGAUUUCUGUUAAGGAAAAAUGGUCAUUCGAGUUCAAAACUUUUCGAUUGACCGUCAAGAACCUUCCGCCGGAAAGUCCCAGACUUAUGCAUUCAAUUACUUUCAGCCAUCGAGACAAUAAAAGUGUGAUCGUCAAGAACAAAUCCGCCAUAGUAACUUCAGCAAUGCCAGGCAGUAUCCCAGCUGCUCUUACACUCAAUGGGUGCUCUUCGGCAUCCUGCGAGUCUUUCGACCAUCUAUUGACUUCGAAGCUAUCCAAUCUUUGGACCCAAAGGCAGACUAUCAAGGGAGAUUUCGGAAGCACCUAUCAAACUAGCGAAUUAACAAUACGGGCGACCAAUGUAUUUUCAUAUGGCGGUUUCAAAGGCUUAUUAAUUGAGCUUGAAUGUGAGGAACAGAUACCAGAUUCGGAGUUCGAUCAACGGAUCAACAGAAUACGAAACUACCUAAGAGACAUGUCUAUCGAAGAUUAUAAAAUCUGCAGUGAUAUAAUGGAUCCACAAAGGCGCAACUUUCUUUGUGAUCUAGCACAACAGUAUGUGAAGGUCUUGGAACUGUAG